AUGUCAGUGUCGAACGACGGGCCGACAGGCUUCAACCCAAACUUCACAUUUGGAAACAGCACACACAAGGAUACAAGCACACAGCCCAUAAACAUAUCAGGGGCAUCGAGGCACGGGUCAGUGUCGCAAAAUCCGCGAAUGAGGAGAGAAAGCAUAGCGCAUUCGCAAGGAAUGGGAGGUGUUUCGUGGGGAUCGGUGACGAUAGGAUCGUGGCUAAAGGACGAGGUGAUGCUGUUUGCCCAGCAGCAUGCCCAGGAGAGGAAAAGCAGCCUUUCCUUCGGUGGGAAUGUGAACGCAGGGUCGAUCCAGGUGCAGAACCACAAGAAUUCGAUAAAUAACCCGGCGUCGUUCGUGCCGAUCAUGGAGGCAGGUGGUGCAACGGAAGGUGGCGAUGCAGCAGAGGGCAGCGGUGCAGGGAUGUCGUCGCCGAACAGCUCGUCGUACUUGGCGGACUUGGAGGCGAACUACUGCAAGGACUACAGUUGCUGCGGGCAGUUGUUGCCGACGUUGCACGACCUUCUUCGCCACUAUGAGGAGAUGCACAUUCAGCAGGAGCCGGUUGUGGAAACGCCGCGGGCACACCCGAUGAAUGGCAACGGGAUGGAUGCGGUUUCGACAAAUGAGGUUUUUCUGAAUCCGCAGGAUGAGGUGGGCGGGUUUGGGCAGGAGCCAGGCGAAAGCAAGCUGGAGCAAGGCGCGAAUGUGGGCCAGGGGCGAAAUCAGGGUGGCCGAAUGCAAGAUAACCAAAUGCAAAAUAACCAAAUGCAAAAUAACCAAAUGCAAAAUAACCAGCUACAAAAUAACCAGCUGCAAAAUAACCAAAUGCAAAGUAACCAGCUGCAAAACAACCAAAUGCAAAAUGAUCAACUGCAAAUUGACCAAAACCAGCAGACGGCGUCAAACAACUACGGGGAGGACGCAGAGAUGCAGAUCGACGAGUUUUCGUUCGAUCAGGUGCCCGCGUUGACUACGGGGCAGUCGCCGGUGGGCCUGGAGGAACAGUUCCAGUUCCAGGACACACCGGGGGCUGCGGGGUCGCUCUUCGGGAGUGGGUUCCCACUGGUGGACGACGGCCACCAGGUGGGCUCUCCGCUGGGCGGGGCCUCUUUCUUCGGGGGCGGCCUGGCCACUGGGGCGUCUGCCGGAGCCUCUACCGGGACAUCUAUCGGGGGGCCACCUGGGGGCAGUGGUAGCUCCACCGGGAACCAGGCCGGCGGCCACGCGGGAAACCCGGUACCACCCGGCAAGGCCCUGUUGCACAAACACCCAGGCACCUCCAAGCGUGACAUCGCCACCGGGAACGACCGGUUUCGCCACCCGGCUCCUCAGCAGCACAGCCAGCAGAAAAACUACCGUCUCGGCGGUUUUACAAAUACUCCAGAUGAGGAAAUGGAGGAUGUAUGCAUUGACGAUCCGGCCCGCCGGUUGUACGUGGCCGAAAGAGACGAGGACAGGCCGUUUAAGUGUCCUGUGAUUGGCUGCGAUAAGAACUACAAGAACCAGAACGGGUUGAAGUACCACCGGUUGCACGGCCACCAAAACCAGAAGUUGCGGGCCAAUCCGGACGGUACGUUUUCGGUAAUUGACCCGAGGUCCAACGCCCCAUAUCCGGCGGGUGCCGAUCUUGACAAGGACAAGCCUUACCGGUGUGAGGUUUGCGGUAAGCGGUACAAGAACCUGAACGGGUUGAAGUACCACCGGGGGCACACCACGCAUUGA